AUGGCACCUUUAUAUUUGCUCCUCCUCUUUUUGGCAUUUCUCUCUGAUGGUGAUGCUGCCGUGUUUACAAUCUCAAAUAGAUGCAAGACCACUAUAUGGCCGGGAAUUCUAGCCGGAGCAGGAAAGCCUCAAUUAUUGGGUGGCGGUUUUGAGUUAAAACCGGGUCUUUCGGUUAACAUCAAUGCGCCGCUAGCUUGGUCAGGCCGUAUAUGGGCUCGAACAGGUUGCACGUUUGGAACCUCCGGCCGUGGAUCUUGUCUCACAGGCGACUGCGGUGGAGUAUUACGAUGCAACGGAGCAGGCGGCCAACCCCCGGCUUCUCUUGCUGAAUUCACACUAAACAGUCCACUCGAUUAUUAUGAUAUAAGUCUAGUUGAUGGAUUUAACCUCCCAAUUUCAGUAAUGCCUUCAAAUCCGAGUAGAUGUAAGGCUACUAAAUGUGUUUCAGAUUUGAACAAAAACUGCCCUAUUCCUUUACAAGUGAAAUGGCAUGGUCAAGUUGUGGCUUGUAAAAGUGCUUGCUAUGCUUUGAAUCAGCCUCAGUAUUGCUGCACUGGUGCUUAUAGCACACCUAAAACUUGCAGCCCUACUUAUUAUUCAAAGAUUUUCAAGGCUGCUUGUCCGACGGCUUAUAGUUACGCCUACGAUGAUCCGACGAGUACUUUUACUUGCAACAAUGUGAACUAUUGGAUUGUAUUCUGUUGAGAUUUUAGUUCACUUCAAAUGACUUUCAUAUGAAGUUAUUUAUGCAAAAAUAAAUGACAAUGGAUAUUUGGAUCAUGCACUUGUUU